AUGGAGCCGGAGCCGUACAUGCACAUGGAAGACGAGAUGGAAGAUAUAGCCGACCGAUUCAACAGUUUAAGCUCAGGGGCAUCGAGCUUUUCGCGUCACACAGCAUCUGCAUCAUCAAUUGACGAACGAUAUGACGGCCGACGAAGGGCACCGUCAGGCGGAAUGCCUGCACCACGCGCCCCAGAAUCACCGCGAUACCUCGGCGGCCACGACGAGUUCCGCAUGCCGCCCGCCUUUGACCACGUCCACUCCCGACCGAACACCGCGGGACCGGCACACCCGCCCGGCGCAGCACGAACGCCGCAGUUCCAUCGCAAAGAUUCCUACGCAUCCGAUCGACGUCCUUCCAGGAGUUCUGCCGGUGGCUACAGCCUAUACCCUGCGGCACCACCGAAGCCGCCCCUCACGAAGCCUCUACCACCAAUUCCGACAGUGACUCGCCAAGGCACACACCGGGUUUCAUCUUCACAGCAAUCCCUCGAAAACUCGGACGGGGUGUCUCCCGUCAGCUCCCGAUAUUCGCAAUCGUCAAGAGGAAGUACAUUGGAACGGGUGUCGUCGUGUGGCAGCGCCGCUUCGCCGCCGCCGCCGCCGAUCGGGGGAUACAAUGAGUUCCGUGCGCCUCAACCGCCGCAACAGCCGGCAGCCCCCCCGCAGCUAUUCCCGCAACCGUACCCGCAACCGCAGCCAACAAUGCAACUGCAGCCGGGAUCAGCGCCCGUUACAUUGGUUCCCUGGAAACAACUCGUUGCAACCAAUGACAAGCAGCUGAAAGAGCCCAGCGUUUUCUUCUUCGAUAUUUCCACGACAUCGGCGACGCUUGCCAGCAAACAUGGCAACAAUAUUAUUCGCAUCUGGUCUGUUGGCAGCGGGGAGGUGCAAAACACGCUCAAAAUCUCCUGUUACACUAAUGCACAACCGAGAUCGCGGGAGUACUUUGUGCGCAGCCACGCGAUCCUGUCCGAACCAUCCAACCUCAUCGCCAUUGCCACGGGAUUUGGCGAUACUCUCGAGAUAUGGGACUGGGGGAAAAAGAAGAAGCUCCAGAGCAUGGACAACGCCAAUCGCUGGGCCGCGGUGCGCUCCAACGUGAUGGAGGCCGGCUGGUGUCCGCUGGUCACCUACAACAGCAACUCGGACACCCUGGAACUCUACUCGGCCACGAAAAAUCCGAAAAAGCCAUUCAAAAAAUCCCGAUCCAUCGACCUCCGCCAAGCGACCUCCCUUCCACUACUCCCAAAAUUCCCAGAACUCGCCUUUUCCGCCACAGGACCCCUGCUCGUCACCGCCUCUGGGCCGCGACCACCACGGCCCGGUCAUCCACCACCGGAACGCGAAACGCUUCUCACAGCAUGGGAAAUCCACGACGGCGCCCCGGCCUCCAACACCCCCUACAAAGCGGUUGCGCCCUGGCAGCAUUCAGAGCUCGACACAGCUCUACCGUCGGGGCUGGCGACAUACGGCUCGGUCGCAGUCUCCAUCUGGAUCCCAGCAUCGUAUCGCGCUGUGCCUAUUUCUUCGAUCACCGGUACAGCUCCGCCCAAAGGCGGCGGUGGCUUCAAUCUGGCUCCCGUCCAAGUUUCCCACCGCUAUGUGCUCGUCUGGGAUUUCUCCGCUUCGUCCACCAAGACUUUCCGGAUACCCAACGCCACCUCAUGUGUAUCGCCUGAUUGCCGCUUCGUCGCGUAUUGCGAUGCCCGCGGUGUCGAGAGCGGUGCGCGAGGGUGUCUAGCCGUGCUGGACGCGAUGACGGGGCGGGAGCUGUGGUGCUGGCCGGAUCCCGACGCGGGCUUGCUGGAUGCGGCGACGGAUGAGUCGGGCGUGCAGGCCGCGCUUGCUGAUCUGAGCCGUGUGACGGAGAUGUGCUUCUCAGCCGAUGGCGGGUUCUUGUUUGUUGGCGAUGCGGAUGGUGGGAUUGCGGUGUUUACAGUUAGGGAAUCGGGUGGGACGCCCGGAGGCGUGGAGUUGAAGUUCCGGGGUUAUUAG